AACCACCUUGAUGCCGUGCCGGGUAGAGCGGCGCCUCAGAGAGGUGGAGACUCUCCGAAGGGACUGACGAUCAUUUGCCGGGCAGAUACCGACUCUCAGCAGCUAUGUCUAAACAUCAUGAUGCUUUCAUCCAGACCCAGCAGUUGCAUGCUGCCAUGGCAGACACAUUCCUGGAACACUUGUGCCGUCUGGACAUUGACUCGCCCCCAAUCACUGCAAGAAACACUGGCAUUAUCUGCACAAUUGGCCCGGCUUCUCGAUCAGUGGAAACGCUGAAAGAAAUGAUUAAAUCUGGCAUGAAUAUUGCCCGUCUCAACUUCUCUCAUGGAACUCACGAGUACCACGCAGGAACAAUCAAGAAUGUACGGGAAGCUACUGAGAGCUUUGCUUCUGAUCCUAUUUCAUAUAGACCUGUUGCUGUUGCAUUGGAUACUAAGGGACCUGAAAUUCGAACUGGACUCAUCAAGGGUAGUGGUACUGCAGAAGUGGAGCUUAAGAAGGGUGCAACUUUGAAAGUGACCCUGGAUGAUGCCUAUAUGGAAAAAUGUGAUGAGAAUAUACUGUGGGUGGACUACAAGAACCUCACCAAAGUUGUGGAUGCUGGCAGCAAAAUCUACGUGGAUGAUGGUCUUAUUUCUCUUCAAGUUAAGGACAAAGGUGCUGACUAUGUCAUCACUGAAGUUGAAAAUGGUGGAAUGUUAGGCAGCAAGAAAGGUGUAAACCUGCCAGGAGCUGCAGUAGACCUUCCAGCUGUUUCUGAAAAGGACAUCCAAGAUCUAAAAUUUGGGGUAGAGCAGGAUGUAGACAUGGUGUUUGCAUCCUUCAUCCGUAAAGCAGAUGAUGUUCAUGCUGUCAGGAAGGUGCUGGGUGAAAAAGGAAAGAACAUCAAGAUUAUUAGCAAGAUUGAAAACCACGAGGGAGUGCGCAGAUUUGAUGAGAUUAUGGAAGCUAGUGAUGGUAUCAUGGUGGCUCGUGGUGACCUUGGUAUUGAGAUUCCGGGUGAAAAAGUUUUCCUUGCCCAGAAAAUGAUGAUUGGUCGAUGCAACAAGGCUGGCAAGCCAAUCACCUGUGCAACUCAGAUGUUGGAGAGUAUGAUCAAGAAGCCACGUCCAACACGCGCAGAGGGGAGUGAUGUAGCUAACGCUGUCCUGGAUGGAGCUGACUGUAUCAUGCUCUCUGGAGAGACUGCCAAAGGAGACUACCCUCUGGAGGCUGUCCGAAUGCAGCAUCUUAUUGCUCGCGAAGCAGAGGCAGCCAUCUUUCACAGGCAAUUGUUUGAAGAGCUUCGACGACUGGCCCCCCUGAACCGGGAUCCUACUGAAGCUGCCGCUGUUGGCGCUGUAGAAGCCUCCUUCAAGUGCUGCAGUGGGGCCAUUAUCGUACUCACCAAAUCUGGAAGAUCUGCUCAUCUGGUGUCAAGGUACCGCCCACGUGCUCCCAUCAUUGCUGUGACCCGUAAUGCUCAGGCGGCACGCCAGGCCCAUCUCUAUCGUGGUAUCUUCCCUGUGCUGUGCAAGACACCAACCCAUGAUGCCUGGGCUGAAGAUGUUGACCUCCGAGUCAAUUUGGGCAUGGAUGUUGGUAAAGCUCGUGGAUUUUUCAAGACCGGUGAUCUGGUCAUAGUACUUACAGGAUGGCGUCCUGGGUCCGGUUAUACCAAUACCAUGCGUGUGGUGCCAGUUCCAUAAAAAGAAACCCAGCAACCUCGUCCCUCUCCUCCUGUCUCACCACCUUCCCUUUGCAUUAGACCAGCAAUUGCUUGCAAUAUUGUCCUUGUCUGUAGAGUGGAUAGAGGCUGCCAAUAACUACCACGUGCAGUAACUGAGGGAAGAGAGACUAAGUCUAGAAAUACUUGAAAUAGUUCUCUGAUAAGCAGAACCUCUCCCAUUUCCUUCCCUGCCCAGGCUAUCCUGCCUUAUUUGUUGGGAGCCAGCAUAAGAUUGUCUAGCAUGGCAACUUGGGCUGCCUGUUGUUUCUGCUGUAGUUCUCUAUAGUGUAGAGAAGCAAGGGGGCCCUUGACAUUGUCUGACUGGUAGGACGUUUUAUGCAAUGGCUUGAUGUCACUCCUGCCAUAUUCCCUUCUCCUACCCAAAGUCUUUUCUGUAGGUCUGUACUGUCAGGUCUCCACCCACACACUCCAGUUAGGAGCUAGAUUAGACCAUAGCUCUCUAGGUCUCCCAGCAUUUCAUGAGUCUUGCUGUGUUCCUGGUAAUCGGGGGUUCUUGGUACACUGUAACCUAAACUUCACGACACAAUCACUUAGACAUCUAAAAAUACACUCCAAUAGGUGGUGAUAGAAGGCAACACAUGCUUCUCCUUUUGAAGUUUCAGAAAACCAUUUCUUAAACUUGUUCUGUACCUCAUGGCCAAUACAGUUAGAAGACCGUAAUCUGUGCUUUGGCUGCAAGAAUCUAUUCCAGGUUCAGAUUGCUUCAGGUUUAAUAUCAUGGAAAGAAUGAAACGAGGAACUUACAGGGCUGAGCUGUGCAGUUAAAAUCGUUCCAACUGAUGCACUCCCCACAUCUCAAGCUGCUACGAGUUGCUAAUGCGCCUGUUACAGUGUUGUGUUUUGUGUUUGAGUUGAGUCAUGUUUCCUGAGAGCACUAUCCUCUGUAGAUCUGGACAAGUGACCUACUGUAACAGGUGUAUCAGGUUGCAGAGUAGAACUUUGUACAUCAAUAAAACAGAGCUCACACACC